UGUCUCACUGCUGCUAGUCACAUGAUUCCCCUGAGUAAACUGUUGGUUGUCAACUGCCACUGCCCAACUGUCUUUUGGACGGUGGAGAGAGAGGGAGCGAGCGAGAGAGAUUGCCACAUCGGAUGCUAUAAAAGAAGACAAAUUUUGGAUAAAACGACAUAGAAUUACAAUAAAAGGAGAAGGAGAAGGAAGGCGAAGAUGAAGAAGAGGAAAAAGAGGAGUUUGACUCCAGAAGAGAGAGAACUUCCACAGGAUGAAAGUUUGAAGAAGAAAGAGAAGAAAGCCAAGAAGCAGGAUGCAGAAGAGAAGACCAACUACAGUCGAAAUAGGAAGAAAAGACACACUGAGAGUAAAAAAACAAUCCGUAUAGGGGAGAAGCCCCCUGAAGAUGGAAGGAAUAAAAGAAAAGCUAAGAAGAGAAAAGAAAGUCUCUCAGAUGCGACCAGUAAACCUGAGAGCAAGAAGAGAAGACAAGAAGAGAAAGAAGAAACAACUAAAAGUAAAAAGAAAACCGGCUUAGAAGAGAUGAAAAUUCCUCAGAGCAGCAGAAGAAGGAAGGAGCAGGACAAGAGGAAAAGACCAAGGAGCCCAGAAGAUCCAUUGGAAGGUGGAAGUGGAAGUGGAAGUGCACCGAAGAAAUCCCAUGUGGAUGAGAAAAGAGCAGCCCCCCUGGACAUACAGAGGUACAAAUUCCACCAAGAGCUAGGAGAAGGCACGUUUGGACAGGUGAUGUUGGCUUCAUAUACACCAAAGAAACAACUUGUGGCAAUGAAGACGGUGCCCAAACAACCCAGCAAGGGCAACUAUACCUGCAUCAUGAAGGAGGCCCGACUCUUGAAGAUCGCCAGAGGAUGUCCCUUUCUGUGCCAUUCUCAUGCCACGUUCCAGUCUGAGCUGCAUGCCUUCUUCGUGCUCGAGUAUGCCGGCGGGGGAACACUGCACAAAGUUAUGGCAGACCAAGGGAAUCUGUCAAUGAAGAACAUCCAAUUCUACACUGCAGAGAUGGUGAUAGCCCUACAGUUCCUUCACUCCAAUGGCAUCAUUCACCGUGAUCUGAAGCCUGAAAACAUCUUGGUGGAUAACAACGGGCACAUCAAGAUCUGUGACUUCGGCCUUGCUGUUGAAGGAAUGUUCGGCGGAAAGAAGAUCAGCGGAUUGACAGGAACACCUGGAUACCGUGCGCCGGAGGUUUUGUCAUUGGAGAAGUACGAUGCUGCAGUGGACUGGUGGUCAUUCGGGGUCAUCAUGUACGAAAUGGCCACCGGCAGACAGCCAUUUGCCCCAUCACUGGUUUCUGCACAGGAGUUGUUUGAGAUUAAGGAGAGGAAGCUUGAAUACCCGCGUCACAUGAGCCAGGAAAUGCUGGACCUUCUGCCAAAGCUACUGGAGAUGAAAAAGAGCAAACGCUUAGGAGUAAAUGGCAACAUCAGGAAGCACUCAUUCUAUGCCAGAAUCAACUGGAGUGAGCUGGAAAACAGAAAAAUAAAGGCACCUUUCCAGCCCAAAAUUCCACCAGCAGAUAAGUUACCAGUCAUACAUCCAGGAUUCUGCGCUGAGACAUCUAAGAGAGCUAAUGUGGAAGGCUUCUCCGAUGUGGAUUCCAACUGGAAAUGGCAGGAGUAAAGUGUUUUCUGUGCUCAUGUGGACUAAUCUCAAACUGCCUGUACAGCAAGUGAUGACGGCAACGUACCAUCCAUGGCCAAUUCCAUCAAUGAACAUCAGAUCUGCCGUCUACUGUCUACUGCAAGUGUACAAGUGUCUGUCUGUACAGCCAACUUCACCAACACCACAUGGGAUCCUUGACAGAAAGUAGAAAGAACUUGAGGCAUAGUGCACACAAUACAUCACAGGAGGCCCCACCAGAAGAAAGGAAUAGCUGCAAUCCGGACUUUCUAAAUGGACUUUCUCACAGACCCUUGGAUAAGGGUAAAAAUGUAUACUGAACAUAUAGUGCACUUAUGGUAAUCCAGUGCACUGUUAAUUAACAACGUUCAGUAUACUUCAGUUUCUUUAUAUAAGGUAAGGUUUAGGGGUAAGUAUAGCAUUAAGUAAGUUUACUUCCUUUUCUAACUUCCAUCCCAUUGUUUUACUGUUUACUUAUAGAUAGGAUGUUAUAUAGAAAUAGAAAUGUUAGGAUUCCUUCUCAUCUUUACUCCUGUCCCAUUCUUUUCUUUUACCAUUUUCAUUUCUCAUUUUCCUCUUUUCCUCUUUUUCAACUUUAAUAUACUGUAAGUUAAGGUAAAAAAAGGGUGGGUGGGUGGUAUGUUAUAUUGGAAUAGGAAUGUUACAAUUGUUUCUUUCUCUUCUUUUAUGCUCUCCUGUCUUUUCCCUGUAGUUUGUAGCACAUACUGUAAAUUAAAUGUAAAGUUUAUGGGUAAAAGUAUACAGGAUAUGGCAGUGGUUAUGUGGGAUAAGGGAUAUAUGUAUAUAAAUAUGGGUACUAUAAGGGUUAUAGUAAAGGGAUAUGGAAAUAGUGAUGUUGAAUAAGGUAUAUAUGUAUAUAAUUAUGGAAUAUAAUAAUGGGAUAUGGGUACUAAAAGGGUUGUAGUAAAGGGAUAUGGGAAUAGUGAUGUUGAAUAAGGUAUAUAUGUAUAUAAUUAUGGGAUAUAAUUAUGGGAUAUGGGUACUAAAAGGGUUAUAGUAAAGGGAUAUGGGUACUAAAAGGGUUAUAGUAAAGGGAUAUGGGAAUAGUGAUGUUGAAUAAGGUAUAUAUGUAUAUAAUUAUGGAAUAUAAUAAUGGGAUAUGGGUACUAAAAGGGUUGUAGUAAAGGGAUAUGGGAAUAGUGAUGUUGAAUAAGGGAUAUAUGUAUAUAAUUAUGGGAUAUUGGUACUAUAAGGGUUAUAGUAAAGGGAAUGGGAUUAGCUAAAUGGGAUAAGGAAUAUGCCAUAUCCUGAUAGAAAUUUGCAGCAAAUCAUAACAGUAAAUUAACUGCUGAAGAAACACCACUUUCAGCCUGUUUACACUGUGAUUUGCUGCAAUAAGUAUGAAAGGUAUGAAGUGGUGUGUGAAUGUAAUUAGGGAUCCCCAUUGCACCAAUGUAGAAGAUGAACAGAGCGCACCUUCUGAUUGGCUGCAAGUUUAAUUUAGUUCACCAUAAAAAUGUAGAAAAAUCUGAUGAGGCCGUCCGUAUGCUUGUGCCUCUUUGACCCAAUAGGAGGGAGUAAUAUUGCAGCAGAUAGAGCUGCAGCUUGUAGGCCCCUUUUAAAAAGAAAAAUAAGCCCAUUAGAGUUGUGAAUGUGAAAGUGUAAAGUUUUAGGAUCAAAGGAAUAAGAAUAGACUAGGCAGAGCUGUAGGUCCCUAAAUGCUGCCUAGCCACAACUCCCUCCUUCCCCUCCCCACCAUGAAUCAUAUAUAAGUCAAGAUAAAUAGGCCCAUAAUAAUCCUCAUCCCCCAUAACCAGGCCUUUUAGAUAAUAAAGGCUGCUGGUAUUAAUAGUCAGUAGAAAGUUGAUCCAGGGACUGGUCCGAUUGCCGUUUUGGAGUCAGGAAGGAAUUUUCCCCCCAUCUGAAGCAAAUUAGAGAUGGCUGAAGAUGGGGUUUUUUGCCUUCCUCUGGAUCAUCUAUAAUAAACCUGACGGACACGCUCACCCUCAAUUACUGAGUAACGGUGUCCUUAAUUCAUUGAUAGGGUCCAUCAAAUUCUUACUGAAUAGGGAAGUACUAGGGGAAUUAUAUUGUUAGCAAAGCAGUGGGGAGUGGAAUUCCAGUCUCACUGACCAUGGGAUUUGCCACAGGGACAGAGAAAAUAGUGAGUGAAUGAGUGAGAGCAUGUGGGUGUGCGGAAGUGUGUGUUGUUGUAGAUUAUUCAUUGUGGAACUUUUGUUCCUUGCAUCUCCCAGUCUGAUCUGAGGAGGAGGGGUCCCAUGACGGCUUAUAUCAGCCGGUAUCUGGCCAGAUAGGGAACUAUUGCAGCAAGUCAUCGGGUGAGCCAUUUGCUGCAAUAGGUGUGUGAAUGGA